AGUGAAGGAUUACUAUAUAUAUAUAUAUAGAGCAUCCAGUGCUUCACAACAAUCUCAUCUUUUGCUUGUUACACAACCUAGAAUCUCCUCAAAUUUCCUUGAUCAAGUAAGAAAAAUCCUGCUUAACCAUGGCCAUCCGCAUGCUUCGUAAUAUUCAUUCCAAGAAUUUUCUUAGAAGGUCUUCAUUGACAAGAAACCAAAAAACAUUAGAUCUUCCGAAAGGUCAUUUUGCUGUUUAUGUUGGGGUGGAUGAAAAGAAGAGAUUUGUCAUUCCAGUAUCAUACUUAAACCAGCCUUUGUUUCAAGAUUUGUUAAGUCAAGCUGAGGAAGAAUUUGGAUAUGACCAUCCAAUGGGUGGCCUCAGAAUCCCCUGUAGCAAGGAUGUAUUAAUUGAUGUGACUUCUCAAUUGAGCGUAAUAUGAAAUCUACUGCUAGAUUAGAUUGGUAGAGAACAAUUUCGUAAAGAAGAGUUGUACAUUUUAGCCUAGCUAGAGUUGAUAAAAGCAUGGGGAGGAAACUAAUGUCUCCCUAUGAAAGAAAGCUUUUCUGUUUACCAUAUAAAAUGAAGCUACAACAGUUUGUUUCACAUUCUUGUAUCAUCAAUUUUCUUCAUAAAAAAUUUGGUACUUGGUUGGGAUUCUAA